AUGAACGCCCUGGCAACUGUUGCGUUUUUCACCACCUUGGUUGCGGCAGCAUCUGCUGGAGCCGUACUCGGAGGCUACGGCGGCCUGGGUUACGGUGGCCUCGGCUAUGGGGGCCUCGGCUACGGAGGUCUGGGCUACGGAGGUCUCGGCUAUGGAGGUGUCGGCUACGGAGGCCUCGGCUACGGUGGAGCGGGUCUUGGCGUGGGCGGCGUUGGUGUGGGCAGCAGCGUCGCUCUGCUCAGUGGAGGUCCAGCCUUCUCGAAGGCCGUGGCAGGACCCACUUUUCUAGUGAGAAGCGUGCACCACGUCAACAAAAUUCACGGGGGUGGUGCCAUCUUGGCUCACAGUGGGCUUGGUGGAGGCUACGGAGGUCUUGGCUACGGUGGCCUCGGAUAUGGCGGCAUCGGAUACAAGGGAUGA